AUGGUUAGGUACUUCCCCAACAACAAUGACCAGAUUCUCCUGCCCGUCCAUCUCGGGUUCUGGCCGGAGAAUCCAGACACUAACGUUGAGAUUAGUACUCGACCCUUCUCCACCAGACUUCCAGUGGUGUGCCGACAAAUCUAUCAUAAGCAACCAUUUGGAAUGUUCAGAGGCGAAAAUGCUAUGAACUAUGCAUUUUCAACUUUUUUGCUAGAAGCAGUUAUUAUUAUCCUUUUCAUCAAAACCACUUGCUUCCUCCUUAGACCUCUACGUCAACCUCGUAUCGUCUGCGAGAUCAUUGGUGGAAUGAUGAUAGGACCAUCCAUGCUAGGAGGAAGCAGAAACUUCAACUACUACGUGUUCCCACCAAUCUCAAACUACAUAUGUGCAAACUUGGGACUAUUGGGAUUCUUUUACUUCUUCUUCAUAACCGCUGCCAAGACCGAUGUUACAUCCGUUGCAAAGUCUCCAAGAAAACACAAAUACAUUGCAGCCAUCGGUGUUCUCAUUCCCGCCCUCUGCGUUUGUGUCACGGGGAUGGCUAUGCGACAUAAAAUGGAUAAAAACAUGAGGAAGAUAUCUUCCAUUGGAGCGGUUGCGUUUGGGUUAGCUUUUAGUUCUUUCCCUGUUAAUCUUAAGAGACAUGAACCUUGUCAACUCAGAAGUGGGGAAGUUCGCUAUGUCGGUGGCACUUCUUGGAGAUAUGGCAGCUAUCUUGGUACUUACUUUUUUUGA